CGCUUAGAGGCAAUCCCUGUUUUCACUUGGCCCUUCUCGAUAUCUCUUUUUCUCUUCUACUGAUCCGCUCCUUUCCAAGUCCUAGGCAAUCUGCCUAUUCCUCAUUUCCUCUGCUACUGAUUUACUGUGUAUCAGAAGUUCAGAACGAUCACCAAAACCUUACUCGUCAUUCUGAUCUUUGUCUCUAGACAGUUGUAGUAUUUGAGGCCGUUGUUUCAGUUCUGCCAUGGCGUUUGCUCAUUAUCCACUAGCUGUGCCUGUGGACACUUCAAAUCCUCCGAGAACCUCGGUUAUAUCUUCUUUUUCUUCAUCUUCCUCCACAGUUAAUACCACUAUCUUUUCGAAUUCUUUCUCUUCUGUUCGGACCAAAGUGCGUGAGCCUUCUAUCUUUUCGAGUUUCCGUAGAAUCGCACAAGCAGCAAGGGCAAAGCAACAGGAAUCUGAUGCUAGUUUGGUCACAGAUGCUUUUACAAGCUUCAAACAUUUGCUACUUCCAAUCACUGAUCGGAACCCGUAUCUAUCUGAUGGAACAAGACUGGCUGCAGCAACUACAGCUGCUUUGGCAAAGAAGUAUGGAGCAGACAUUACAGUAGUUGUUAUUGAUGAAAAUCCUAAGGAGUCAUUCCCAGAGCAUGACACACAACUAUCUAGCAUCCGAUGGCAUCUCUCUGAAGGUGGAUUCCAGGAGUUUAAGCUGAUUGAACGACUUGGGGAAGGGAACAAACCAACUGCCAUCAUAGGUGAAGUUGCUGAUGACCUGAAUUUAGAUUUAGUAGUGAUAAGCAUGGAAGCCAUCCACUCAAAGCUUAUUGAUGCAAAUCUGUUAGCUGAGUUCAUCCCAUGUCCUGUCCUACUUUUACCACUUUAAUUGCAAAGUCAAGGAUUAAUAGCUCAUUUUGUGAUUCUAUAAAUUAUAGGAACUCUUGCUAGUUUUAUGGUUUGAUUGUUUCCAUUGUUUGUCGUCGUGUUUUGUUGCUGCUCUACUUAUCUCCCUUAAUUUCUCAAAAGACAUCCCCUUGUUGGAACUCGGAAGAUCUAUGGUAUUGUGGUUUUGUUAUGUCUUUAAGAUUUACUUGCCAUUUUAGAGCUUACUCUCAGAGGCUAAGGUGCUGUAAACUUUUUUCCAUAAAUAAAGGACUUGAGUUUGGCAAUUGUGCCAAACUGCCAAAUGGUUCA